UCUGAUAAAAUGCUUGAAGAGGAGGUAGCAAAAAAUACAAAAUUACAAGAAGAGUUAGAAGAGAAAUCAAAAAUGUUAGCAAAAAGUGAGGAAAGAGAAGAAGAACUAAAUAGACAACUUUAUUUAGAAAGAAAACUCUUGCCUGCUCUACCUAAAAAACGAAAUACUUUCCAAAAAUUAGGUUCAAGAAUUAAAACCAAGUUCCAAAAACUUCAACAAUUG